UACACCAUCAACAACAACCGACAACAGGGAUGUUCUCAGACGAAUCAGAAUGGUCAGCAGCUGCUACCAGACCACGCGCCACCAAGACUUACGGCCGACGAAAACCCUUCACAUCCAUCGCGAAACCCGACAUCUUCUGGGAUGAGACGAUCGACACCGUUCCCGCAUCCGAUCCUGGAACCGAGGACGCGCCAAAUGUCAAGGAGAAGAAAGAACGCAGGCGAAAGGAGAAGAAGGACAAGGUUGGAAUCACUGAGAAUGCAGCCAAAAGACUACUCAGUCCGGUGAAGAAGAGACUGGAAGGCAUUCAAUCAACACCAGCACGAAAACCUUUGCCGCUGGCGGCAUUAGACGGCAGGCCCCUAUCGUCGCGGGUGAAGAUCUUGGAGGAUAAGGAAAACGAUAACGCCAUUUCACCCAAGAAGUCUAGGAGAAGAGUGCCAGAAAGGCUGAUCCUGCAGCCCUCAACCAAGACAAACAUCAUCAUCACGUGCCAUGAAGCACCCGACAAUAAGCCAAUGAAGAUUGAGCAGGAGAUCGAACAGCCUCCGCCGACAGCUGGACUGAUUGACGCUUUGAAUCUCGAUCUGGCUUCCCUCACCUUGACCCCACCAGCGCCUGUCUCGGCUGCAAUUGGCGACGCUUCUCCCACGCUCCCUUUGACACCAGAACCGGCACCCGCGGAACCAUUACCUAUUACCCUUGAUACCCUAUUGACAUUUACUGCGUCUACAUGUAUCACGCCAUUCGAGACCUACCUUGACGAGCUUUGCGCUUCCAACGUGCUUACGAAACUUGGCGAAGCCUCUUUCUCCGAGGUCUUCCUAGCGUCAGGCUCUGCGACCACCGACAAGACAGUAUUGAAGGUCAUUCCAUUUGGCAAGGAUGACGAAGGACAGUGCACAAUCGGCGACAUCAUCCAGGAAGUUCGUCUGUCGUCUGUUAUGUCCUCUCUCCCAGGUUUCGUUCCCUUCCGCGGCGUCAGUGUAUGCCAGGGCAUAUACCCCGCCCGUUUUCUCGAGCAAUGGGAUGCCUGGGCCGAAUCACACGGCACAGAGAACGAGCGACCGGCUUACUUUGCUGAUGACCAGAUGUUUGCUGUCAUUACUCUCACACACGGAGGCACAGACCUCGAGCACGCAACCCUUAAGUCGUGGCAGCAGGCUGCUGGUGUCUUUUGGGAUUGUGCUGAGAUUCUGGGAAGGGGUGAGAAGGAGAAGGAGUUUGAACACAGAGAUCUGCAUUGGGGGAAUAUCUUGCUGCAGGACGAAGAUGAAGGUGUUGCGGAGCUUUUGGAGAAGUUGACCGUUGACGAUGCUGUACCAGCCAAGGUUACAAUACCCAGGACAAAGGUUACGCUCAUCGACUAUACCCUUUCGAGGGCGAAGUGUGAUGAUAGCAUUGGUGCUAUUGCAUACAACGCUAUGACAGACGAAGAGGUCUUCACUGCCAAGGGUGAAUAUCAAUACGACAUCUACCGCUUCAUGCGCGCGACGGUUCUCUCUAGAUCAGAAGACCCCGACGCACCAACAUGGUCAGAAUUCCACAGCAAGACAAACGUGCACUGGUUGCACUACAUCGCCGACAAAUUGCUGUACCAUAAAGGUCUUACCCGUCCAUCUACACGACCAUCACGAACGCGAAGAUCGGAUUCGAGCCUGUUGAAUGAGAACCUGGAUAUGGAGGAUGAGAAGAAGGCGUAUGAUAGCCUGGAAGCUGCAUGGAAGGCAAUCAAUCCGAGGAAGAAGAAGUUGAACGGCGGUGCCGCGCUUUUUGACUCAGCUGGUGAUGUGAGAAGAUGGGGAGAGGAACAGGGUUUUUGUUAAUGCGGAGAAUCGGGACUUGGGCUGGGACUUGGGUUUCGAUGGUAUCACUGCUAGUACUGCUAAAAUGUAAUCCGUAAUGUACCUCGUGUUUCCAUUCAUACCCUUGCUUUCUUGGCGCUGGGUGCUCCUGAGUCCUCUUCCAGCACGUGCGUUC